AGAGUGCACCGCGAAGGCAGAGGCCUCAGACCGGCGCGCGCUCGCGGACGCCAUUUCUGUAGAGGGGGACGGCGGUGCGGCCUGUAAUCAUGGCGCUGUUCCCGGCCUUUGCAGGAGUUGGUGAGGCCCCUGAUAGCGGGAGCUCCAGGAGAGGUAAGCAGACAAAAGGACCGAAGAAGGCACUCGAGUUAGACUGGCUGAGCAACCCAAGCUUUUGUGUUGAAACCAUAACGUCACUGAGCCAACAAGCUGAGAAGGCCACAGCACUUGUUUCUGAAGGGACACCAUUAACAAGGAGUCCUCUGAAAUCAGAGCCUUUAGAUGAAAGUGAUACUGACAAAAGGCUCAAACAAACAAGCAGGAAAAAGAAGAAAGAAAAGAAGAGAAAAAGGAAGCAUCAGCACAAGAAAAAGAGAAAACAUGGGCAGUCAAGUAGCAGCGGAUCUGAGUCAGAUACUGAUUCUGAAAAGGACGCAUCUUCCAGAAGCAUCACAGGCAGUAAAAAGGAAUCUGAUAAACCAAAUCAAGGAAAUAAUGCUGCUGCCGACGUUGGACAUCGCUUAGUUUGGCUUGAGGACAUUCAGGCUCUGGCAGGAGAAACCUUCAGAACAGAUAAGAAACCAGAUCCUGCAAACUGGGAGUAUAAAUCUCUCUAUCGAGGGGAUAUAGCAAGAUACAAGAGGAAAGGAGACUCCUGCCUUGGCAUUAAUCCUAAGAAGCAGUGUAUAUCUUGGGAAGGAACUUCCACAGAGAAGAAGCACUCACAUAAACAUGUUGAACGCUAUUUUACGAAGAAGAGUGUGGGAUUAAUGAACAUUGAUGGAGCUGCUGUUAGCAGGAAAACUGAUCUUCCUUUGUCUGAUCCAAUCUCCUUUAUACCAGUGACUGACUCGGAUGAUGUGGCUCCUCCUGUUACAACCUGGUUGAAUCCUCUGGGGAUUUAUGAUCAGUCAACCACACAGUGGUUACAGGGACAGGGUCCUUCAGAGCAAGAAUCAAAGCAGCCAGUCUCACAGGCAGACAGCGAGAAUGCAAUUCUCAAGGCCAAGGUGGAGGAGUUUAACAGGAGGGUUCGGGAGAAUCCUCGGGAUAUUCAGCUGUGGAUGGCAUUUGUUGCUUUUCAGGACGAGGUCAUGAAAAGUCCUGGCCUGUAUGCCAUCGAGGAAGGAGAGCAGGAAAAGCGGAAGAGGUCCCUGAAGCUCAUUCUGGAGAAGAAGCUGGCCAUUCUGGAGCGGGCCAUCGAGAGCAACCAGAGCAGCGUGGAUCUGAAACUUGCCAAGCUGAAGCUCUGCACAGAGUUCUGGGAGCCCCCCACUCUGCUCAAAGAGUGGCAGAAACUGAUAUUUUUACAUCCCAAUAACACAGCCCUUUGGCAGAAAUACCUUUUAUUUUGCCAGAGCCAGUUUAGCACUUUUUCAGUAUCAAAAAUUCACAAUCUUUAUGGAAAGUGCUUGAGUACUUUGUCUGCUGUUAAGGAUGGCAGCAUCUUGUCUCACCCUGCGUUGCCUGGCACGGAAGAGGCCAUGUUUGCACUCUUUCUUCAGCAGUGCCACUUUCUGCGGCAGACAGGCCACUCUGAGAAGGCCAUCUCUUUGUUCCAGGCCAUGGUUGACUUCACUUUCUUCAAACCUGACAGUGUGAAAGAUCUGCCUACCAAAGCACAGGUGGAAUUCUUUGAGCCCUUUUGGGACAGUGGAGAGCCCCGGGCUGGGGAGAAGGGAGCGCGAGGCUGGAGAGCGUGGAUGCACCAGCAGGAGCAGGGUGGCUGGGUGGUCGUCAACCCAGAUGAGGAUGAUGAUGAACCAGAAGAGGAUGACCACCAGGAGAUAAGAGACAAGACUCUGCCCAGGUGGCAGAUCUGGCUGGCUGCUGAGCGUUCCCGAGACCAGAGACACUGGCGGCCCUGGCGCCCUGAUAAGACCAAGAAACAAACUGAGGAAGACUGUGAGGACCCAGAGAGACAGGUGUUGUUUGAUGAUAUUGGACAAUCUCUUAUCAGACUUUGCAGCCAAGAUCUUCAGUUCCGGUUGAUUGAGGCCUUUCUGCAGUUCUUGGGUGUGCCUUCUGGCUUCAUUCCUCCAGCCUCCUGCCUUUAUCUGGCCAUGGAUGAGAACAGCAUCUUUGAUAAUGGACUUUAUGAUGAAAAGCCCUUGACUUUUUCCAGCCCUUCAUUUUCUGGCAUCAGCUGUGUUGGCCGCAUGGACCCAUUGGGCUGUCCAUGCUGGACCAGGGGUCACAAUCGAGAGGGCGAGGACUUCAUCCGCAACCUCUUUCAUCUUGUCAUGCCUUUGUUUUUGGGCAAGGAAAAGUCUCAGCUCUGCUUCCUCUGGUUACAGUAUGAGAUUGCAAAGGUCAUUUGGUGUCUGCAGACUAAAAGCAAGAAGAGAUUAAAGUCACAGGGGAAGAACUGCAAAAAACUAGCCAAGAAUCUCCUUAAGGAGCCAGAAAACUGCAACAACUUUUGUCUCUGGAAGCAGUAUGCACAUCUGGAGUGGUUGAUGGGCAACAUAGAGGACGCCAGAAAAGUUUUUGACAUAGCACUAAGCAUGGCAGGAAGCAAAGAACUGCAGGACCACGAACUAUGUGAGCUCAGUCUGCUCUAUGCCCAGCUGGAGGUGGAGCUGGAGCCUGACUUGAGAAGGGGCACUGCAGCCCGAGCCGUUCAUAUACUGACCAGACUGACUGAGAGCAGUCCCUACGGACCCUACACUGGGCAGGUCUUGGCUGUUCACAUUUUGAAAGCUCGAAAGGCUUACGAGCACGCGUUGCAGGGCUGUUUGAGUGAGAGCUGUGUCUCUGAUCCACCUCCCACCAAUUCAUUAAACCGUCUAGUUAGCUUGGUCAAAUGCUUUAUGUUUUUCCAGUAUUUGACCAAAGGGAUUGAUGCUGCUGUGCAGAUAUCCGAGCAGGUAUUUGCAAAACUGAAGGACUCUGUUUUCACCUCCCAGCGUUUGACCAGUAUUCUCGAAACUGUCACUCUGCUGCACAUGAGUCUGCUGCGAUUUCACAUGAAAGUCAGUGUUUACCCUCUCACCCCUGUGCGAGAGGCAUUCUCAGAGGCUUUAAAGUUGUAUCCGGGCAACCAGGUUCUUUGGAGGUCAUAUGUACAGAUUCACAGUAAGUCCCACAGUGCCAGCAAGACCAGAAGAUUCUUCGAUGCAAUCACGAGGUCUACCAAACCCUUGGAGCCUUGGUUGUUUGCAAUUGAAGCUGAGAAAAUGAGGAAAAGACUGGUGGAAAUGGUUCAGAGAUGGCAGAGAGAUCCACGCCACGAUUCCUGAGACCGGCUUAACACAUCGCAUCAAAGCCCUGUUUGAAAGUGCAUUGCGGAAUGACAGUGGCAGCCAGUGCCCCUUACUGUGGAGGAU